AUGUCCACCAUCUCCUCGCCCCGCCCAUCAAUUACCUCCUCACGCGCCCACUCGCCCACCCCAGCAUCCUCCCGCCGACCAUCUCUCGACACCCUCAACACAAACGUCGGUCCAGGCCUCAGCGCCAGCUCGACCCCCUCCACAGCUCGCGCCGUCUCACCUUCCCUCCACCCACGCCGCAACCGCGCCGCCCUCCGCGACUACUACAAUCUCAAACCCUCGGCAGCAGAAACGCCAGGAACCAGACGAUCCCGCAGCAUCCCCCGACCCACAGACGCAGCAGACACCUCGAAUCCUUCCGUUGUCCAGACCGGGACGGAACUCGAUAGUCCCGAUUUCGAUGCCCAGCGCUACGUCAAUCAUCUCCUGGCUACGUCGUCGCUGUCGACGGUGCUGAAGGCGGAGAAUACGCUCGUCGGGGAUAUUAAAACGCUGGAUAGUGAGCGCAAGGCGCUUGUCUAUGAUAACUAUUCGAAGUUGAUUCGGGCGGUGGAGACCAUUGGGAAGAUGCGGCAGAGUAUGGAUGAUCGCGGGGCACCGUUGACUAUGACCAAGACCUUGGGACCGGCUAUUGCUUUUGUGGCGGAGACGGCUGGGGGUUUGAUUCAGGAGGGGGAGGAGCAGAGACGGCGAAUGAAGGAGGCGAAAGCGUCAGAUGAGGUGGAGCGCAAGAAGGCUGAGAAGGAGACGGUGAGAUGGGUGCUUGGUACGCCGGCUCGUCUGGAGAAGCUUGUUGCGGACGGCAGUCGGGAGGAAGCUGAGAAAGACUGGGAGGAGGUGCGGGAGCUGCUCAAGAAGUGGGAGGGUGUGAAAGGUGUCCAGGAGCUCCGGGACGCUUGUGAGAAGGUUAUGGAGAAGAGCGAUGAAGCUUCCUGA